AUGGAGCCUGUGGAGCCUCGACGCGAGAUGCCUCCAGCUCCAGUCUUGCCCCAUCCAAAUGUCUCGGCAGAAAAUGCUGUGUCCUUGACGACCGACAUCCCCUCACGUGGCCCGAGGGCAGAAAACCCCGUUGUGACCCCGGCCACGAUCCCGUCCCCGGCGCCCACCAUUGUCCACCCGAGUCCCGGCACUUCGGAUGUCCUGUCACCGUCAAUCCCGACACCGGUGGAUGGAAACAAUGCUAUGGCAGCUCGAUCCCUCGACGAUGCUCAACGGGACCCUCGCCCAGGAGAUAUAGAAUCAGGGGUACCGGCAGGGCACACACACGGCAUGCCCAUGGGGAGAGGACCAUCCUUUCCCAACAUCUCUGAGGAGACCUGGUCCGAAUGGCUGGCGCGGUUGGAUGCAUUGGUGGCCGAUGUCUCGCGGAAGGGAUUAUUGAAGUCUCCCGCAGCGUCUGGGAUCCUGAAACCUCGGCUGGAACUGCUGCGCAAGGCAAUCACGUACCGGGACCCUUUCUACCUGGCAGUGCACCAAGUGUACUGCCUGUGUACUAUUGCCCCAUCGUACAUAGGUCGCAUGGGGCUUGCAGAGUCAGGGCUCCAUACACUGGCCAUGUUGGUGGAGGAUAAUCACAAGAUGCAUCUGAUGGCUACGACCGCCUUCGCGCAAUUCCCUGGUUCUCCAGAGCAAUUGUUUGCGCAGGCCUGGUACCAGAAUGCAAUCAGAAGUCUUCCUUUGUUUCUCUCUCGUAUGGCUAGCAGCUGGCUCCACUUCUGGGCUUCAUCCACCCGUGCUCCUUUGGUGACGGAAAUGGUCACACAUUUUGCGCUGCCGGGGUCUCCAGUCAUGAUGUCGGUGAUGUCCACCUGUAUCACCCGGCAUCUGCACCAAGAGAAAUAUGUGGGACAAUUGCAGCGACUGUUCUGGGGUGAUUGGAUGUUCUGGCAAACCAAACAGCCCCAUGAAAGAGCCCAGAAUCACGAUGAGACGCUCAUACGGGAAUAUCUUAAAUUCCCACGAGUGCCCCGUAAUGAGCAUCAGAUUGUUCCUCCAAAUAGACCAGUUGCAUCCCAUCCUACCAGGGUAGUUUCGCCUACUGUCCGCUCCCCAAUCCCUGGUACCUCCCAGACUAUGGUUCCUCAUAGCUCGCCUGAUGUUCGUCCUGUUACAACCCAAGUACAAGCUGCUCUCCCGGGGCAAGUUGGACAAAUCCAGCAGCUUGGAAAUUCACAAGCACAGGCGUUGGAAGGCUCAUCUCCGCGACAGUGGGUUCAGGGUCCAUCGCCAGUAUAUGGUGAUCAAGUUCGUCGGAUGUCAAGUCCCCUGAAUCCUCAGUCUCAAGCCCAAGCGUCCCUACAAGAUGCGCGCAUACACGCACAAAGACAAAUGCUGGCGCUGCGUCACGGACAAGUUUCCCCGUUUCGUAAUCAGAUGGGCGAUGAAUGGCAUGCACGAGCAGCCAAUCUCCAUUCACUUCCAGCUCUUGCCACUUCAACCUCAGCAUCCCCUGUGUCUCCAGCUCCCGCUCAUCCAUCCCCGGUUGCUCUCUCUCACAGUCACCCUUUGCCCAACACCCAGCGAUCUCAUUCUGCAUCUACUCCCACAACCCAAACGGGCCAUAAUACUAGACCCGUUGUCUCGCAGUUGCCUCAGCACCCAGGCCAUCAGCACUCUCCGGCUUCUCAAUACCAUAUCGGAUUACCUGCUCGACCUCCACAAGGUGUUCAGACACUACCGUCUCGCCAUCCCAACCUAUCUCCGGGGUUGCACCCUUCCAAUCUACCUCAUCCCCCAAGCUUCUCCCCUCAAUCACCCAUACCGUCCCAACUUUCCUCACCUCUAUUUCCGGCCCCUGGUUACCGGGCGCCAGUGACUGUGAACGGUGAUCCCUUACGGCUCGGACUACACCUAGCGAAUCUCCGGGACCCAAUGAAGAAGUUGGUGAAACCAGGUCCGGAUGGACAAAUGACAGAUGCCGAACUGUUUGCUUAUUUUGGCACGUUCCUCGUCCUGCCAUGUCUGAUCAAGGUUGAUGAGCCGGGUUAUACCUGGAAGUUCAAUCUCAACAAAGGCGAUCUCAGCAGUUUUCCAAUCACCACCGGUGCAAGCGACAAAGGUCCCAUGACACGGACUUACAAGCCUGGCAAUCGCACUGUUCGCCUCCGAUGCAUCAGUCAUGCGGGAGAUCCAAACUCCUUUAGUCACGACAGAUGGACCACCAGUCCCACGUCCUGGCCCAGCGUGUUCUACAUCCACGUGAAUGGCAAGGAACUACAAGUGCGUCGCAAGGUCCAACACCUCAGGGACUUGGCGCUGGAUAUAACCAAAAGUCUCAAGGAAGGCGAGAACAUCAUUCAAGUAGACCUGCUUCUGGGCCCCGAUGAGUGCAAAAAGAGCAGCUACUUUUUUGCUGUUGAGGUCAUGGAAGUAACUACCCUUGAGAACGUGCUCAGUUUGGUGAAGACGACUUCGGCCGCCGAUUCUCGCGCUGAAAUCACCAAACGCCUUUCUUCCCUCGCUGAUGAUGAUGAUUUGGCGUUCGUCACCGACAGCCUGACCAUCGGUCUUGUUGAUCCUUUCACGGCUCGAAUUUUCGACAUUCCUGCUCGCUCUAAGUAUUGCAACCACCGGGAAUGCUUCGAUAGGGAUACAUUCAUCCAAACUCGGAAGUCUGUCUCCGGUCCGGGUCCAAUGAUUUAUGAGUGGCGGUGCCCAAUUUGCAAGGCAGAUGCACGCCCCCAGCUGCUCAUUGUGGAUGGCUUCCUUGCUGAGGUGCAUGCGCAACUUAUCCGGACCAAUCAACUGGAGGGAGCUACAGCAAUCCAGAUCAAGGCUGAUGGCACCUGGACUCUCAAAGCCAGCGAAGAGACAUCAUCCGAGGCUCAAAAGAACUCUUCAAAAUCAGCUUCACUCAAGCGCAAGGCCCCUGAUGCAGCAACCUCUCAUCAUACGGCUAUGCAAACAAAACAAGAACCCAACAAAAGACAGUCCCCAUCAACCCUGUCGAAUAACCACGAGAUCAUUGAGCUGGAUUGA